AUGUCGUCUUUCAUGAAUACUAAUAAAGAUCAAUUGAAAUCAUGUUUCAAUGAAAUUUGUCAAACUAAAAAUUAUCAUUACACCUACGGUACUGCAGGAUUCCGUGAUAAUGCCAAAAGAUUGGACACUGUCAUGUUCACCACCGGUAUCGUAGCCUGUUUAAGAUCAUUGACUUUACAAACCUCAAACAAACAUUCUGCCAUUGGUGUCAUGGUCACUGCUUCUCAUAAUCCUCCAGAAGAUAAUGGUGUCAAAAUUAUUGAACCAAAUGGAUCCAUGCUUUUACAAGAAUGGGAACCAAAAGCAACUCAAUUUGCUAACAUUGCUGCUAAUGAAUCAUUCGACGAAUUUUAUCAAUUGUUAAUUGAUUCCAUCGUUACUUUAGAAAAUGAUCUUAACAUAAAGCAACCACCAACUUUAAUAUUAGGUCAUGAUUCAAGAGAUUCUUCUCCAACUUUAAUGAAUCAUAUCAUUAAAAGUGCCACUUUAAUAUUUAAUGCUAAAAUCAUUAAUUAUAACUACGUGACUACUCCACAAUUACAUUUCUUAACAAAUUUGACCAAUACAACUGGAACAGCAGAGGAAAUUAAUUAUUACGAUCAUUUCAAUAAAUAUUUAUCUCAAUUACAAUCAUUAUAUCCUCCAUUUAAUUUACCAUUCGAUAAUUUAAUCAUUGACGCAGCAAAUGGUAUAGGUGCUCCACAAGUUGAAAAAUUAUUAUUUACUAAAAACAAAUUUCCACCUUUAAACAUUAAAAACCCAAUUAAGAUUAUAAAUAAUGAUUCUAAAAAUCCAAAUUUAUUAAAUAUGAAUUGUGGUGCUGAUUACGUAAAGACAAAUCAAAAAUUACCCCAGGGUAUUCCAAAAGAUAUCGACGCAAAUUCAACUUUGUUUUGUUCAUAUGAUGGUGACGCAGAUAGAAUCGUUUUCUAUUAUAUCGACCCAAUGACAAAUAAUUUCAAUUUAUUAGACGGUGAUAAAAUUGCUACUCUAUUCGCUAAAUUUUUUUCAAAUUUAUUAACAAUUGCAAAAUUAAACCAUAUACUAAAACUAGGUGUGGUACAAACUGCAUACGCUAAUGGAUCCUCCACUAAUUAUAUCUCUUCAAAAUUAAAAGUACCAGUUUCUUGUACCAAAACUGGUGUGAAACAUUUACAUCAUGAAGCUAUCACCAAAUAUGACAUCGGGAUUUAUUUCGAAGCAAACGGUCACGGUACCGUCAUCUUCAGUGAUAAAUUUCAUUCAGAAUUAACAAAAUUGAAAGAAUCUGGUUCCUCCCGUGAAAUUAAAACUUUACUAUUGUUUAGUGAAUUAAUUAAUCAAACUGUUGGUGAUGCCAUGUCUGAUAUGUUAGCUGUCAUUGCCGUCCUGAGUAUAUUACAAUUAUCACCAAAUUCAUGGGAUAAAGAAUAUAAAGAUUUACCAAAUAAACUAGCUAAAGUCAUAGUCCCUGAUAGAUCUAAAUUUAUCACCACUGAUCAAGAAAGGAAACUGGUGGAACCAAAGGGAUUACAACCAUUGCUUGAGGAAGCAGUUGCUAGUGUCUCAUUGGGGAGAUCCUUCGUUAGAGCUAGCGGUACAGAAGACGCUGUAAGAGUAUAUGCUGAAGCUAAGACACAAGAAGAAACUGAAUGGUUAUCUAAGAAAGUUUGUCAACUAGUUAUUGAAAGCGUGACACAAGGUUAA